AUGGUUUACUGUGGUUUUCAGAAGCUACUGGCUCGGAAAGCUGAUGUUCAUGCAACCAACGAACAUGGAAUGACUCCAUUGCACUACGCCUGUUACUGGGGUUUUGAACAAAUCGCAGAGGACCUGAUCAUUUCUGGAGCGCAGAUCGGAGCCUGCAACAAACGGGGGCAAACCCCAAUGGAUGUCUGCCAGGGACCGUCACGGCAAGCAAUCGCCGACGAUUGCCAUGGAAAAUGGCCAAAAUCCGAACGAGCGGAUACCCUUCAAGGAUCAGACGUGGAAAGGCACAAAAUCUCGAACCAGAGAUGCGACUCUGCUUCCAGAAUACCGAGUAAGACGUCCACAUCGUGA